GGCUGCUCCGCUCCGCAGUCUGGGGAGGGGAGGGGGGAGUAGGGGGAGGUGGAGCCGCUUUAUCGCGAGCCGAAGUGGAAAUUUCCCCCUCAGUUGCCGGCUUCACCGCUGAGGAGACGCCUGCGAGAGCCGCCCGUCCUUGUCUCGUCGUGCCCUGCCGCCAUGUCCAACUACAUCCACGUACCGCCCGGCUCCCCGGAGGUGCCCAAGCUGGACAUCACCGUCAGUGAGCGGGAGGGGCCCGGCUACCGCCAGGGCGCCCUGCAGCUCCUGCGCCGCCUGCGGCCCCACUGGAGACCCGAAGAGGUGACGCUGCAGCUGUUCACCGAUGGAAUCACCAAUAAACUUAUUGGCUGUUACGUGGGUGACAUAACGGAUGAUGUGGUUCUAGUUAGAAUCUAUGGAAAUAAGACCGAGCUCUUAGUAGAUCGAGAUGAGGAGGUGAAGAGUUUCCGUGUGUUGCAGGCCCAUGGCUGUGCCCCUCGACUGUACUGUACUUUCAAUAAUGGCCUAUGCUAUGAGUUCAUGCAGGGAGAAGCACUGGAUCCAGAACACGUAUGCAAUCCAGAUAUUUUCAGACUGAUUGCCAGACAGCUUGCUAAAAUCCAUACUAUUCAUGCACACAAUGGAUGGAUCCCUAAAUCUAACCUCUGGUUGAAGAUGGGGAAAUACUUUUCUCUUAUACCCAUGGAAUUUACAGAUGAGGAAGUAAAUAAAAGGUUUUUAAGUGACAUUCCAAGUCCUCAAGUACUUCAGGAAGAGAUGGCCUGGAUGAAGGAAAGACUGUCAAAUUUAGGAUCACCAGUGGUACUCUGUCACAAUGACCUCUUGUGUAAGAAUAUUAUUUACAACAAGAAACGAGGUGAUGUACAGUUCAUAGACUAUGAGUACUCUGGAUACAACUACUUGGCCUAUGACAUUGGGAAUCACUUCAAUGAAUUUGCAGGAGUAAAUGAGGUAGACUACAGCCUUUAUCCCAACAGAGGAUUACAGGAACAAUGGCUAAGAUCUUACCUUGAGGCCUACAAAGAAUACAAAGGAUUUGGUACAGAAGUCAGUGAGAAGGAGGUUGAAGUUCUUUAUGUUCAAGUCAAUCAGUUUGCACUGGCAUCCCACUUCUUUUGGGGAUUGUGGGCUCUAAUACAAGCCAAAUAUUCUACCAUUGACUUUGAUUUCUUAGGGUAUGCAAUUGUUCGUUUUAACCAGUAUUUCAAAAUGAAGCUGGAGGUUGUGACGUUAACUCUUCCUGAGUAACGAAGACGAAGAAACUUACCAAGUGGAUAGACAACGCCUGAAUCUUCUGAGAACAGAUACUGGAAAAAAACUAAACAUUUGUUAAAGUUCUGUAAUGCUCACUUGGUGGUUCUUGCUUUAUAAAUAAUGCCUCUAAACAGUCCUUCAAUGUUAAAUUUAAUAUGAAGAGCAUACCUACUGCUGUCGAUAUAAAACGGAUUAGAAACUUGCUAAAUCUAUAAAAGGUUGUAGAAAUGGCAAUUUAAUCCUUUUUUGUAAUUUAACAUAUGUUGUAUGUGAAUUAUUUAUUAUAAGUUUAACAUGAUUCCAUUGCUGCUUUCAUCAGUUUUUGUAAAAGUUGGGUGCAGACAGUGAAGUUAUUCCAAAGGAUUCAUUUAACAACUUACUUUAUUGAAGUUGCAUUAACUUAUAUUAGAGAACUACAUGGUCAGAGAAUAUUAAUGUUAGAUCUACACAAGCAAAAUUUCAGUGGUAAUAUAGUCUGAGAUACUGAUGACCAGUAUGCAGUAAUUGGGGAGAAAGGCUAGGAGGAUCAAAAAAAGAGUAGCUUUCCCUCUCGCGGUACUUCUCUGUUGUGUAAGAAUCAAUGUGUUUGCUGAAAUGGUAAAUAACAUUUUGAUUUUCCUUCUUGGUGUGUUAAGCUGUAGAAAUGUGAAAGUUCUGUGGCCAUCAGAUUCUUUGAGAAUGUGAACCGUCACAAUGUUAGAUGGGAAAUGUACCAUCUUUAACUUCUGUGGGAAAGCUGCUUGUUUGUUAAAGAGUGCUUUUUAAAAAAAAAAAAGAAAAAAAGAAAAGAAAAAAAAAAGAAAAGUAAACAAAAGACCACUAUUCCAAAAUCUGUAUUCCAUUUUGAAACUUGAUUCAGAAAUGAACACUAUUUUGGUCUCUGUAUUUGGUGUACUUUAGCAGUAUCAAACAGAAUGGACUAUUGAACUGAAGAUUAGUAAACAGAGAUCCUGUUGCACUGGGGAGCAAGACACUUAGUUUACAGUUCAUGUAUUGUUGACGUCUUUCCUUCUGCUUUGCCAUCUUCUGACCUUGGAUCCUAGUCUUAAAUGCUUGGUCUUGUAGUUGCAGGUUCUGGUUUGUUCUGUUUUUUCGUCUGUGGUAGCAAAUUACUUUUCAAAGUCUCCAGUUCAAAAGAUAGUAUGGAAGUGUAUAAGAUUUGAACAAUGGAGCUUUGAUCAUCACACAUUUAAUAUUUUCUUAUUUCUUUAAAGCUAUUAUACCAAGAAUGAUCUGGAUUACAAAAUGUGAAUUGAAAGGAAAAUGUUUACUUAGCAAAAUAAUUGGUAAGUUUAGGAGUGGAAAAGAGGCUUUAAAUCUCAAAGAACAAACAAAAACCAACCCAACAAUGCAGUAUGGAGUUGGGCAGGCAUAUACUGAACCCUGAUUAUACUCUGAAAAGCUUUGCACUUUGGUCACUUAAGUGCCCACAUGUACAAAGUCUGUGUGUGUGCAUAUACACAUGUAAACACAAACUUACAUGAAGAGUAAAUAUUGUGGGGAGCCUUUUGUACAGACUCCGGCAAAGGUAUUUAUUCAAAAUCGCUUUAGAGCACAUCGUUAUAUGUGUGUGUGCAUGUACAUAUGUAUACCUGUAUGGAUAUGUAUACAUAUGUGUGUAUAUAUAUACACACAUGCAUACAUCUGUGCUUUACAAAAGCUUGGAUUGAUUCAGGACAAAGAAAGCAAUUGAUGCGAAUGAAAAAUUUUCACCUUGAAAGACCAUUCUGAAUGGCAUUCUGUUAUUUUACAAAAGCAAGAUUUGUUCCCCCCGCCCCCCCCCCCUUCCCCUGACUGGUUUAUAUUCAUCUCUGAAUGUCUCCAGUUUUUUAUUUCGUUCAGUCAAAACCUUAAAAGUAUAAUAAAAAUGGGAGAAUUUGGAUUUUUUUAAACUUGAAAUUAGGUAACACUUCUAGCAUUUGUUAGUUGGAAGCUACUAUAUUGGGCAAAUUCUCUUGGUAGUUAAAUAGAAACUGGUAAAAUUGACAUAUUUUCCUUCUGUAGCAGUCAUCAAGGAUGUUGCUAGAGCUCAUGAAACAGCACUGAAGAUGUUUAUUUUCUGUUUUUUCUCCCGGUAGAUGUGAUCGGCAAACUCACAUUGAGUAAUUCCUUGCUUUCUUGGUAGUCCAUUUUAAGUUCAGCAAGAUCUCUUUCGAAGUAAAUUUGAUUAGAACUCAAUUACUGUUUUCCUCAAGUGGUGACUUGACUUCUGGCAGUAUUGCUUUGUAUUCAUAAAAUACUUGAAAGAGGCUGUGAAAUUCACAUAGUCUUGGGAAAUCCAACUCUUAAAGAUGCUGUCUAACUUUCCCAGCAGUUGGUGAUCCAUAUUUCCUCUUCAAGUACCAGUACUAUUUAAGUUUGGAGUUAGUGUAAUUUUUUCAGUAGUAUUUUGUUUAUAUAGCAAAAGUAGCAAUAACUCUGUAAGAGCAGAAACUUGCUCCUGCAGAACCAAAGCUCUUCAUGAGUGCAGCUCAUCUCAUUUUGUGGAGUUGUUAAGUUCCACUGAAUCCCAUAAAAGCACUUUGAAGCAGACAGUAAAUACUGCAAGCUUUUCCUGAGCCACUUUGAAGAAGCACAAGGAUUAUCACAGGUUACAGUGGUCAACUUUGCAGUACUGAUAGAGGCUUUCAUGUUGCAUGUUGAAAUUCAUUUUACACACUUAAAUACUGCUUUGCAUCAGCUUUCUUUCAAGACAAGUACAGAUUAAAACAAUUCCUGAUAAAAGUUGUUCUGAGGAAAUACUGUAAAGCACCAUCCAGAGUGAAAUGGCAGUUACCUUGAGUCUUGCUAAACAGUUUUAGUGAGUAGCACUCGGGUAUUCUCACUUCCUAAAGAGUAUCUGCCGAUGUGUUAAGUUUGAAGCGGUAGCUUGCAAUAGCAUUGCAGGAUAUAAGCUAGCUUGAAACUGUGAAUACAGGACAUCCUGAAUGUAAGUUAGGUACUGAAGCACCAAACUAGAGAACGUGUACUUGUUUCAGUUCAUUUAUCUCAGUCUUUUUAUAGCAGCUUUAAGAUACUUGAAGGAGGACAAAAAGAAAAUGACUGAGCUCUAGAAACAUCCCUUAGUAGUUCUGACUGUGACUUGCCAAGAAGAUACUCUGUUGCCUUUAUGUUAAGCUAAGGUCAUGAAUGCCAAAAUUAAUAAUUCUUCCUGUAGUUAAACCUAUAUUGUAAAUAUGAAGAGGAUUGUUAGUAAUGGCAUUCAUGCAUAAAUAGCAUCAAGUCAAUAGACCAUAGUGGCCUGGUUGCUUUUGUAAAGCAGAACAGUGUGAAUUUUUUUCUUCUCAUUUCUGCAGUCUGAUCUGGUUAAUCUGUGUCUAAUUUCUUUAAAGCAUUUAAGCAUUAAAGAUUUCUAAAUGAUAACUAAUAUGAUCUCACGUAACUUUAAAUUUCUUCAUUUACAGUUCUUAAUUUGCAUUUUAAAAGGAAUUACCAGAUUCACAUUAACCAGGUCUGACUGUAUAUGUAUAUACAACAGUGUAAAUAACCAUUUGUAAAUUAGUGUGAAUUGUACUGUAUCUUGCAUUUAUGGACUCGUGUAUUGCAUUGUAUUCUCUCCUAUUUUGUAGCAAUUUUGAUGUAAAGAAGAAAUCUAAUUCUGUGUGCUGACUUCUUUUGUUAACUUGACCUGUAACAAAGCAUAAUAGUUUUAUGUUAAGGUAUCCAUUUAUAGCCUUGGACAUCCAAUGUGAUCUUUUCCAUUAGCUUUUUUUUAACACCAUGCUCUUGGGAAUGAUUCUGUGAAUAAAGGAAUUUAUACAGUGAUAAGAUUAAGAGAUAGUCUGUUCUAAUAUUAGAGCAAACUAAAUAUCAGGAGUACAUACAGUACCUGUGGUAUAGGAAAGGCUGUUAAAAUGGUUUGCUUACUAAACCUCCAAAAAUUUCCUAUAUAUCCUUGAACGUUGGUGACUUCUGAACAGAAACAUGUAGAACUGAAGUACUCUUUUAAGGAGUGUGCUCCUGUGGUGAAAGCAAUUUAAUUAAUUGUGAUAGAAGUCUCCUGACUUAAACAUUUUUCAUGGAUAUAGCCUUAUGAUAGGAUUAGCUACUAACUUUUAAAUGCUUAUGAUAAAACCUCAAAUCGCUAAAAUAGUUCUGCUGGCCAUUUUCCUCAGCACUAGAACUAUUGGUAGCCUCUUUAGCCUAUUUGAAACUUAUCUGAGGUAGUUCUCCUCCUCUUCCCCCUCUUCCCCCACCCCCCAAAAAAAAAAGGCAGGGGGGACGACAAAACCAACCCCAAUUCAUUAGGGGAACAUGUUAGGACUAUUAACCUUGGAAUAUAAAAACUUCUUUCCAGAUCUGAUCAUCAUUAUCUACUUUCUUUGCUUAAAAUGGUCUUUUACUUUAUUAAUAUAUGACUUCUGAAAAGAAGUUUCUUUUGGUGUAGGAAGUCUAUUUUUGAAGAGGCCUUUAACACUGGAAGUGAAGCAUAUACAGUUGUUUUACCUAAAUGCCAGAUUAGAUACCAUGAUUGUUGCCUUUCACUGCCUGUUUGUUUUUAAACUCCAUAGUGUUCUUCAGGCUGUUGUUCAGUUCUUGUUCACUGCUGUGUUUAAUAAUGUUGCUGGAAAAUACUGGUGUGCAAAUCUCAUUGUCCAUCUGGUAAAUUGAUCUUGGUGCAGUUCAUGCAUUCUGUCAGUUUUACCUGCUCCUGAUGAACAAUACACGUGCUUAUCAGGGUGGACACUUAAAGUUACAAGGGUUCUGGAAAGUAAGUUUCUGUCAUAGAAUUAUUAGUCAAGAGGAGGGAUGGACUCAGUAAAAAUAAGUAAAAGUAAAUAAGUCACAUGGAAGUUCAAGUUUUAAGUUUUUUAUGUGACAAGCUAUUGGAUAUGCCUUCUGUUUACUUGUGUAGUUUAAGGACAGGAGCAAAUUGUAAAGAAAGAGCAAGCUUGUUUCAAAAUGAAGUUGAGGGUUUUUUUAAAGCAGUUGGUAGAUAACAAAAGCUUACAAAAUAUCCCUUAUCACUCCUACUGAAAGAGAUCUUAAAAUUAGGUAACUGCUUUUCUGAUUAUGCUUUUUUUCCUCCUCCUUUUAAACAAACAAACUGGAAUAUAAUCUCUUGUUUGGGUAGUCCUCCCUGUAGCUUGUAAAAAAGGUUGACUACUUCCCCGCCGUCCGAGUGUGAGAUGACUGUCUCUUGAUGGGUUUUAAUGUUUUUGUAUUGUUUAAUAUGUUUUUAGCUGCCUUUUGAGGUGUGCUGGAGUACUAUACUGUUGGAAUUGGCUAUUGUCUCCUGUCAUCUCUUCCAUGCCAGGCAGGUUGUAAUUAUAGUAGCAGAAUAGAAAGCACUUGAUCAGAUUUCCACUUAAUAUAAGGCUGGUGUUGAGCAGUCCUGCAGCUGAUUUCUUUACCUCUUCUUUUUAGCACAGUAGGCUGAAUGCCAAUUGUAUUCACUGGUUGUGAAAGAUAUGAAAAGCUAUGACCUUGGUCUUGUGCAAGGUAGGUAUUCUGCUAGCCAAGCACACGACUUAAAGGAAGAGGCUCUCUACAGUGGGAAAGUGCCCAAGCGCAGUUUGGCACAUGUGCCACAUGUCAGAAGAAACCAACCUCUGUUGCCUAUAGACCUCUGGAAUGGAAAGGAGGAUGUGUAAAUUAUUUGCAUUUGCCAAUUGUAUGGUGCUGCUCUUAAGUGAUGUGGUGAGACAUUGGUAAUAGCAUUGUCUGAUUUUUUUAAGUGAUUUUCCAAAGGACCUGAUCCAUAAAGUUUAAGUCACUGUGACUAGGAAACCAGCCAACUUAGGGGGAGAGAGAAGAAACAUUCUAAAAUUUUACUUAAAAAAAAAUCUGUGCAGUUGAUUAAUUUGCCUUACUUCAAGUGUGUGUUUGGCUUUUUUCAUGUUUAACCAUGUAGGUGUUCUUGCACCAGAUUCCUUGACAAUAAUGGGUUGUUUUAUUCUUUUAAGUGUCAAAAACUGACUGAAAUGUGCCUGCAGUUACAGAGUAGUCUGAACUUAGAACAGAUGGCUGUGGUUACCAGACUUUGUGGAAAUUAAAAGUUGGGUGAAAGUUUAGAAAGCACACAAGUUACUUGAAAUCCAGUAAAAAAUAAAUGCUGAAAUAACUUGAGGUAGUGCACCAGUCCAACCUGUUUUUGUGGUAUUGCAACUGCAUUUUUUUCUGUGUUGAAGUUUUUUUCACACAGCAAAGAUCCAUGCAAAACACAAGAUGAAACCAACUAUGGAGGAGAAAUGUGAAAAAUGUUAUACACAAUGCUGUAAAAUGCAGAAUAAACUGGAAAAAGUAGAUGUUUCUAAGCUUUUGGUGGUAGUAAUUUUUAAGUAUUAUCAAAAAUGAUAGGUGUGUAAAGUCUUUAGUGUGUGAAAGCUUGCUUUUUUGAUUUUUGUUUUUUUGUAGAAAUGUUCCUUUUAACAUUUGUAUUGCAAAUGUAGUCUGUGGUAGUAUAAUGCUGCUUUGUACAGAAGUGCUUUGAAUAGUCUCAGCACUGAGAAUGUAUUCAAUCUUUCUUAAACAUGACUUAAGUAGAUGCAUUGGUUCUGUCUCAAGCCUCUUAAUCCAGCUAUCUAAAACCCUUUAAAUACUUGCAGAAACGGCCAUAUUAUAUUAGGAAUAUAUUCCAUUUUCUGUCUUUUUUCACUGCAUAUUUUUUUGGAGGGGGGGGUGUUUUCGCUUUUUUGUUUUUUUGUUAACUUUUGAGUUCAUUUAUGUCCUGUGAAUAAAAUGUCUGAUUUAAAAAUAAGCCUUUAUCAUCUUCCAGCACUGUCAUCCCUCCAAAGACCCCAUGACCCUUCUUGUAUGAUGUGGAGUUUAGCUGCAUCAUUUAUUAUUUGGAGUGAAUUGUAUUUCUUUUGAACUACAUGUUGAAGCUAUAUUAUAAUAAGGCCUUCUACCACUGAUUAAAUGAAGUAAUGUAUCUUUCAAAGAGAUUUAUAUUGUGUAAAUAAUUUAAAGCUGCAACAAUAAAGUUGGUUUCUAACUGCA